ACACAUCACCCUCUCCAACCGUUCGCGCGAUUCCUCCUAAACCUAGUAGUAUCUCGCAUGCGCAACACCCGUGCUGUCUAAUCGACCCGCGACCGCUCGCACACGAUGUUUUCCGGGUCCAACUCGUACCUAGGGGGCGGGAACAGCGCUCGAGGGCCGCCGCAGCCCCAGUAUGGCCAGCAGCCGCAGUUUGGCCAGCAGCCGCCCCAGCAGACGGGCUUUGGGAUGCAACCGCAGCAGACGGGCUUUGCGGGCGGCUCAAUGCAGCCAAUGCAGCAGCAGUUCACCGGCUACCCGGGCCAGCCGCAGGGCUUUGGACAGCAGCAGCCUCAGCAGACGGGCUUCGGCCAGCAGCCCCAGCAGCCUCAGUCGCAGUUUACGGGCUUCUCCGGACAGCAGCAGGCGCAGGGCUUCCAGCAGCAGGCUCCCCAGCAGCAGCCCUUCCAGACUGGCGCACCACAGCAACAGCAGGCUCCCCCGCAGCCCCAGAGACCGCAGCCCACCGGCAUGACCUCAUCCGCAAUGGCUGCCUCGUUCGGCGGCUCAUCCUCGUCAGUCCCGCCGCCUGUGCCUGCGAAGUCGGGAAGCAAGAUCCCCAGCAUACGGUUGUCGUUUAUCACCGCGCAGGACCAGGCCAAGUUCGAGCAGCUGUUCAAGUCUGCUGCGGGCGAAGGCUCGGCGCUGUCAGGAGACCAGGCGCGCGACCUGCUGCUGCGGUCAAAGCUGCCGGGCGAUGCCCUGGGACACAUCUGGACGCUGUCUGACACCACCAAGUCCGGACAGCUUCUGUUCCCCGAGUUUGCGCUCGCCAUGUACCUCUGCAAUCUGAAACUGACGGGCAAGGACCUUCCGAAUUCGCUGCCUGACCGCGUCAAGAACGAAGUCUCAAGCAUGGUCGACAUCAUCUCCUUCAACAUCGCCGACGACCAGCCCAGCCGUGCUCCGGCGAGUAACGCUCCCUCUUUCAACGAGGCCCCUGCGAUCCAGCAGCCGCAACCGCAGCAGUCGAACAGCUCGCUACUUGCGUCGAUGGCGUCUCAGCCCACUGGGUACGGUCAGCAAAUGGGUAUGCAGCCCACGGGCAUGCAGCCACAACAGACUGGCUUUGGUCAAGGCAUGGGUGGCUACAACGGCCCGCGUCCUCCAAUGCCACCAAUGCCCACAGGAUUUGGCGGCAACGGUCUGGCACCCCAGCAGACGGGAAUGGCGUCCCUAAACGCUCAGCCAACGGGCAUGCCUGGCCAGUGGGGUCUUGUCAACACACCCUCCACCGGACUUCCCAACAUUGAAGCCCUAGCUGGCCGUAUGAUGCCCCAGACGGGGCGCGACACAAGCAACCACACGACUACUGGACUCACCGGCAACGCGACCAUUCCAUGGGCAAUCACAAAGGGCGAGAAGAAGCUGUACGACGAGACGUUCAAGGCGUGGGACGGCAUGAGCAAGGGGUACAUCGCUGGUGCGCAGGCUAUUGAGAUUCUUGGUCAGAGCGGGCUGCCCAAGUCCGAUCUGGAGAAGAUUUGGACGCUCGCUGAUGCUCAGGAUCGCGGACGUCUGAAUCUGGAUGAGUUUGCCGUCGCGAUGCAUCUCAUCUACCGCAAGUUGAACGGAUAUCCCGUACCGAACCGACUACCCCCUGAGCUGGUCCCACCGUCCACGCGCAACAUCAACGACUCCAUUGGUGCGAUGAAGAACUUGCUCCGCGGCGAUGCGGAAGACAGAAAAAAUUCUGGCGCAUUCCUGCAACCCCAGCGCACUGGUGUCAGCUACCUCAAGACUCACUCGUUCCGCUCCGGAAGUCCAGCAGCUGGAGGACGCAAGGACGCCACCGUCUUCCGCAACAACGAUGACAAUGCCGGUUACCGCUCAAGCGCAAGACACCGCGUUGGUGCUGGCGGUCGCUCGCCCUCGCCUGCGUCUGGCGCAUCGUCGCCUACAUCUGGACGAUCAGAUGAGAUGUCUCUAGAGCAGCUCAGGAAGGCCGUCAAGGAGAAGCAGAUUUUGUUGGAUGCGAUGGACACUCGAGAUGAAGAUGCUGCUGACGAGGAUGACGCUCUUGACCGCCGGGACCGCAAGGAGGCCGAGGAACUAUACCGCCGCAUUCGCAGAGUCCAAGAAGACAUCGAUGCUCACCCCAAGGCAUCGCUCCACGGCGGCGACUCAGACGCUGAACGCCGCGCGCUCAAGCGUCAACUGCAGACUCUGACAGAUCGUCUGCCCGAGGUCGCCUCCAACGUGCGCCGCAUCGAGCGCGAAAUCGCCGAUGCUCAACUCGAGCUGUUCAGGUUGAAGGACGCCAAGGCCUACCCGGGGGCUGCUUCUACAAUCGUCGGCACAGGACCUGGCGGUGCAGUAACGGAGUCAGAUCGUCUCAAGGCACGCGCCAAGGCUAUGAUGCAAGCUCGCUCCGCUGCGCUGACAGGAAGACCUGCCCCUGCUGGCGAUGACACAGGUGCGGCGACCGAGCGUCUGGAGAAGGAGCAGUCCCGAAUUCGAUCUGAGAAGGAGAACAACGAGCGCAUGAUUCGCGAUGUAGAGGACAGCGUCAAUGAAUUCUCGAAGGGCCUCGAGGCUAGCCUCAAAGAGGGCGGACACGAUAGCCGCAGCGAGCACGAGCGCCGCCGAUGGGAAGAGGCUCUUGGCGUUGAGGACGAGGUCAGAGACUUCAUCUUCGAUCUGCAACGAAGCAGCCGCGCUGCGCGUGUGCGCAAGGAAGACAGACCUCGAGACACCGGCCGCGCAUCUUCGCGCACUAACAAGACUCAGUCUGCUUCUCGCUACGAGAGUCCUGCUCGUGCUACUGAGUCUGCGCGGUCAACACCCACCCCUGGUGGUGCGUCUUCGUACAAGACGCCGGCAGAUCGAGCCGCAUUCAUCAAGCAGCAAGCCGAGCAGCGCAUGGCCGAACGACUGGCCGCACUGGGACUUCGACCUCCUCCCAAGGCUGGUGAGACACCUGAGCAGCGUGCUGAGCGCGAGAAGAAGGAGCGCGAGGACAAGCUCAGACAGGCGGAAGAGGAAGACGCUCGCCGCGAACAAGAGAGGCAGAGACGACUCGAAGGCGAAUCAGCAGCACCUCCAGCCCCAGCCAAAAGCACUAGCAAGAAGCCAGCUCCUCCGCCCCCAGCGUCGCGAAAGAACAAGGUCGAUGUCGCGCAGCACGACACACAGCAAGCCGAGGCCGAAGCUAAGAGGGCAGAGAACGAGAUUGCUGAGCAGGCUCUCCGGGAACAGCAGCAAGCGCAGGAGGCCGAGACCAAGCGCAUGGAGGAAGAAGAGCGCCGACAGGAAGACGAACUUGUGAAAGAGCGCGAGGCUGCCCAAGCCCGACUCAAGGCGCUCGAGGAGCAGGUGCAGCAGGGCAAGCUCAAGAAGGCAGAGGAGAAGAAGCGCAGGGCUGGCGCGCAGAAAGAGCAACAAGAAAAGGAGGCAAAGCUGGCUGCUCAGCGAGCCGAGAUCGAGGCUGCUCGUGAGCGAGAGAGGCAGCUACAGCUCCAGUUGGAAGCUCUCGACGAUGAGGACUCUUCUGACGACGAGGGCCCGCAGAACAUCACGCCCCAAGAGUCCACACCCACCACGAGCCAGGAGCUUCCACGCAGCACAGCACCACCGCCAGCGCCGCCAAUGCCGCAGGUCCCAGGCGCGUUCCCAAGCCCACCAGCAUCGUCAGUCACCAGUCCUCACCCUAUCGCUGGAGGGGAGACCACGAACCCCUUCUACAAGAAGAUGGCAAUGUCUACCCAAGAGAACAACACAACCCCUCCUCCGGCCAGCAACACCAGCGAGGUGUCGACAAACCCGUUCCACCGCUUGACACAGGAGCAGGCCACCAAGGUUGCCGUGCCGACGUUCAACGAGCCCGCUGCACCAUCAGCCCGUACCCGCGGACGACAGGACGACGACGACUGGUCUGUCGUGGACUCGGACGACUCAUCUUCAGAUGACGACGAGGCGCCCACGCAGGGCGGUGCCAAACACCUGGCCUCCAUUUUAUUCGGCACGAUGGCGCCCCCGCGGCCGUUGUCGUCGAUGGACAACAGGGACUCUCCUGCCCCGAGCCCAGCUCCAGCGGGCAUCCCACCGCCUCCACCGAUGCCUGCAAGCUCUGCUCCUCCCCCGCCUCCAGGGCCACCGCCUCCCCCUAUGGGCGGCAUGAAGGCGCCGGGUGGUCUGCCUGACCGUGGAGCUCUUCUCGGCCAGAUCCAGGCCGGCAGAGGCUUGCGCAAGGUUGAGACCAAGGACAGAAGUACUUCAUCGACUGCUGGUAAGGUUUUGUAAGGUCGUGCGUGUAGAUAUGUUAUAAUAUGAUGUUGCCCUGUUACU